AUGCGUAAAUUAAGCCAAUUUCGGCAUAUCAGUGUCAAAGCUUUAAAUAUUGCUGCCGCUCUUGAAAACAGCAUUAGCAAAGUUUACAACCUAGAGCUUAACCUCUCACAUUUAUUUGGACUAGAAUUCCUAUUUGGAACUUAUAAAGGGAGGUCAACAAGUCUAGUUUCUCCAGAAGUGCAGUGGCAGAAUACUGCCAUGCCACGUAUUAAAAGGUAUCUGAUUGUUUUACACUAUCUGGCUCAGAAGAUUUUGCAGGGUGUUGUGAUAAUAGAAGAUCUUGAGAGAGCCAAGAUUGUUCUGGAACGCAGCGACACAAAGGAGGAGUUGAAGAUUGACACACUUAAACAUCUGAGGAAGAAAAAGCCGGCGAAAGAAGUUCUCGUAAAGACUGGCCUUGGUAAGACCGUUUACAAGUUAAGUAAGAGUAAAGAUGAAGCAAUUGCAGCAGAAGCAAAGAAGGUAUACAGGCUGUGGAAAGACCACUUACUUAGCAAAGUUGGAAAGCCGGUAAUUGAGGUUAAAUGUGACCUCAAAACCCAAAACUUUCGGAAUUCUGCAAGACAGAUGAUAUUAGACGGUCUGAAAAGAGAAGAUGGUGCAGAAGAAGGCCAGAGUUCAGAUGAAGCAAACGAACAAGAGAAAAGAAAAGAAAAGAAAGAUUCUAAGCAUAAAUCAAAAAGAAAAAAGUCAGAGGAUGAAGACAAAGAUGCAAAGGAUGAAAAAGAAAGUGAUUCUAUUGAAGUCCUUGCAGAGUAUAUUGAAAGAGAAGUCUACCAAAGCACUAAGAGACUGAUCAACAAGCCUUAUAAAAGAACAAUAAGAAAUAGUUUUACUCUAAGACAUCAGAAGGAUGUCAGAUUAUCUGUUGUUUCUUCCUCAUUGUCUGUAAAAGACUUUGUGAAGCAAAAUCUCCAAGAGUAGAUGCAUGCUUAAGGAGUGUUUCAGUUUCCUGAAUAAAGAUAUUUUUGGUGGAUAC